GAUCACGUGACCAGACAAAAGUAGUAUGACCAGUCUACAGUCGCACGAUGGCAAACAAUAAUACAGGCCUGCGCGAGGAUCAGCACGCGCUAUAACAAUACAGCAGCUGAAUCUGUUUACAACCUCGGUGAGGCGAGGGUAAGAGGACAGGAGCAAGGCACCCUGUCAGUUAUACAAGCUCAUGUAGAUAUUUCAGGAUACUACUCGUCCUACGGUAUACACCGACAUCCAAAUAAAUACCAAUAUCCAGCCACAUUAGGUACAGUCAGUAACGGCCAUACAAGCCAAUACAUAGACCUCGAAUUCGGUUGACUGCAGUAAAUAGGGAUACUUACUCAUCAGCGUCUUCAAAUCAUGGCGAUCGCCAAAACGGUUUUACGUCCCAUAUGCGUCAUCAUGUCUUUCUUAAUCACUUUAAAGCUUUGCCAGGAGGCCUAUUAUGAAUGCGAACCGUUACGUGCUUCUGUAUGCGAGUCCAUGCCAUAUAAUUACACCAUAUUACCUAACACAUUUAACGACAAUAGCCAGGAUGAUGCUAUAAUCGCCAUUAACCAGUAUAGUCCUCUUAUGAAAAUCGACUGUAGUGUAAGCCUUGUGCCAUUUCUUUGUGUCCUGUAUCUACCCGUAUGUACACAAAUGCAGGCUCCUCUACCUCCUUGUCGGAAGUUGUGUGACGACGUUCGAUCUGGCUGCGAGUCCAUCAUGAACGAAUUUGGAUAUGAGUGGCCGGAUGAAUUUAAUUGUGGAAAGUUUCCUCAAAGCGGAUUAUGUGUUGGUGAAAAUAUUACUUCAAAAGGAAGCACUUCCGUCUGGGCUUUAUCACAUCCUCAGUUUACGACCCCAAAACAUGUCACGUCACGUCCAGUGGACUUUACCUUGAAACCAGGAAGUAAUGAGGAGAGCACAGACGCUGAGAUUCCAGUGUUUAUCCUAUUGUCUUCCUUGCAUAAGAUAAUGUUAUAUGACGUGUCGACUGGAGAUCUGAUCAGUCUGUACUCCGGCCUAGACCAGGGAGCCGCCAUAGACUACCACUUCAGCCUCCAGUGGAUCUAUUGGGCCAGCCACGGGGACAGUAGGAUAUACAGGGGUUCACUAGCACUCGACGUUCUGACCGACGUCCAUUUGGUAGUUGACGCGGUGUCAGCCACCAUUGAAAGUAUCGCUGUUGACUGGAGCACACGCCACUUAUUUUGGAUGCAGACGUAUCCCUCACAGAUAAGAGUUGCUUCCCUUGAAGGAAAUAAUCCUACAACCAUAUUGGAUGAAGACCUUUCCAAUCCGAAGUCCCUUGUCCUCGACCCCCUUGUUGGGUACCUGUUCUGGAUAGACUGGGUCGGUACUUUGUAUUCACCUUCCGCAAGUAUAGAGCGCUACGAUAUCAGCAGAACCCAACAUGACGUCAUUUUCAAUAUCACCAAGGAGAUCUUGCCAAAUAUGGGUCGAUCUAUCGGACUUACGACCGACCACCCGAGCAGACGUCUCUACUGGGUAGACGCUAAGUCGGAGUCCGUGCAAUCGAUCAGUUAUGAUGGAACCUUCUUCCGGUUAAUGGUGAAGAGUAGACUCCGAAAUGGACUACAUCAACAGAAUUUCAUCUCCGAGCCCAGAAGUGUAGCAAUUUUUGGAGAGAAUGCAUUCUGGUCUGAUCGUGCCACCCAGUCGAUUGUGAAG